UAAAAGCUAAUAAAGCUAAUUGUUUAGAUGCUCCUGGCAUACUCUCUCCCUUCCCCCCCUUCCUUUCUGUCUCUCUAGUCUUUACCCACCCCUGGCUCUUCCUCUUUCUGACUCAUCAUGUAAACCCUCUCUCUCACGCUCUCUAUCUCUCUCUGAGUCAAGGCAGGUUUCUCUCAGAGUGCAAAUGUUCAGUGCAAGCAGCAGUUCGCUCUGAAAUGGAUCGAUAGUGGAUGUAUGAUGGGUGUGUGAUAAAUGUAGCAUAGCUGUAUGACUGCUGUGGGAUAAUUAUGACGUAAAUUUGAUGUAAAUGUUCUGCAUCUGGGGAUGUUGGUUCCCACCAUAAGGGAAAUCCUGCGCGUGGGCUGAAUGCAAAAGAAUGGGCGUGAAUCAGACACGUGAGUUGCCGGCAUUUGAUCAAGAUGAAGACGUGAAUUUUGACCACUUCCAGAUCCUCAGGGCCAUCGGGAAAGGGAGCUUUGGUAAGGUGUGUAUUGUGCAGAAGCGUGACACCAGGAAGCUCUAUGCCAUGAAAUACAUGAAUAAACACGUGUGUGUGGAGCGUGAUGAGGUGAGGCACGUAUGCAGGGAGCUGCAGAUCCUGCAGGAGAUACAGCACCCGUUUCUUGUCAACCUGUGGUACUCGUUCCAGGAUGAAGAGGACAUGUUUAUGGUAGUGGAUCUGUUACUGGGUGGAGAUCUGCGCUACCACCUGCAGCAGAAUGUCCAGUUUAAAGAGGAGACUGUAAAACUUUACAUCUGCGAGUUAGCAUUGGCACUCGACUACCUACAGUCCUGCCAUAUUAUCCAUCGUGACAUAAAACCAGAUAAUAUUCUGUUGGAUGAGCAUGGACAUGUCCACAUCACAGACUUUAACGUUGCCACAUUACUAAAGGACUCGGCAAGUGCUUCGUCUAUGGCAGGAACCAAACCAUACAUGGCACCAGAGAUGUUCCAGUCUUUUGUGGAUGGAGGUCCUGGUUACUCUUACGCCGUGGACUGGUGGGCUUUGGGAAUCACUGCCUACGAGCUCUUACGAGGAUGGAGGCCAUAUGAUAUCCACUCUAGCACAGCUGUUGAGGACAUCAUCAGCAUGUUCCGCUGCGAACGUGUUCAGUACUCAAACUCCUUGUCUAAUGCCGUGGUGGCUUUGCUGCGACUGCUGCUUAAUAAAGACCCAGAGAUUCGGCUUUCAUGCAUGUCAGACCUUCAGCGCCUUCCGUAUCUGGCCGAUAUGAACUGGGAUGCUGUGCUGGAGAAAGCGGUUUCACCAGGAUUUACACCCAACAGAGGACGUCUGAACUGUGACCCGGUGUUUGAGUUAGAAGAAAUGAUUCUGGAGUCAAAGCCGCUGCACAAAAAGAAAAAACGACUAGCCAAGAGCAAACAUGCCAACAAAUCUUCUAGCACAAUGCCACCCCACAUGCAGCAGCGUCUAGAAGCAGUCAGAAAAGAGUUUAUUGUCUUCAACAGAGAUAAGUUACAGACACUGAGUGACAGCGGAAAGAAAGGUUCUUCGCUAAAAAGACUGGAAAACCUGCAGGAAGGAGACUUGACUGUCAAAACAAAAACAAUAACACACAGAGGUUUGGCGAAAACAUGCAGUCCAGAUUUACACUGAACUAUACCCUGACCUCCUUAAUACACACACACGGAGCAGUACACACAGCACAAAACCAGACCUGUUGCCUUACAUUGACUGUGUGUAUAUACACUGUGUGCACAAUUAUUAGUCAAGUGAUUAUUUUGACCAUAUCAUCAUUUUAUCCAUAAUUUCCAACUCCAAGCUAUAUAAAAUUGAAUGCUUAUUGGAUUUAAUGCAUAUCAGAUUAUGUGUAUUUGUGUAACGAGGGAGGGUGUGGCCUAAGGAGAUCAACACCCUAUAUCAAGGUGUGCAUAAUUAUUAGGCAGAUUCUUCUCCUCAGGAAAAAUGGGCCAAAAAAGAGACUCAACUGACUCUGAAAAGUCAAAAAUUGGAAAAAGGUCUUUCAGAGUGAUGCAGCACUCUUGAAAUAUCUAAGAUUUUGGGGCGUGAUCACAGAACCAUCAAACGUUUUGUUGCAAAUAGUCAACAGGGUCGCAAGAAACGUGUCGAGAAGAAAAGACGCAAAUUAAGCGCCAAAGAUUUGAGAAGAAUCAAACAUGACGCUACCAGGAACCCAAUUAUCCUCCAGUGCUGCUAUAUUCCACAACUGCAAUCUACCUGGAGUGUCAAGAAGUACAAGGUGUUCAGUUCUCAGAGACAUGGCCAAGGUAAGAAAGGAUGAAACCCGACCACCUCUGAACAAGACACAUAAGUUGAAACGUCAAGAAUGGGCCAAGAAAUAUCUGAAGGCAGAUAUUUCAAAGGUUUUGAGGACUGAUGAGAUGAGAGUGACUCUUGACAGACCAGAUGCAUGGGCCCGUGGUUGGAUCACUAAUGGACACAGAGCUCCACUUCGACUCAGACGGCAGCAAGGUGGAGGUGGGGUACUGAGAUGGGCAGGUAUUAUUAAUGAUGAGCUAGUUGGACCUUUUUCGGGUUGAAAAUGGACUAAAAUUCAACUCUCAGACCUACUGCCAAUUUUUAGAAGACACUUUCUUCAAGCAGUGGUACAGGAAAAAGUCUGCAUCUUUCAAAAAGACUUUGAUUUUUAUGUGACAACGCUCCAUCACAUGCAUCAAAGUACUCCAAUGCGUGGCUGGCCAGUAAAGGAAUUAAAGAUGAAAAACUAAUGACAUGGCCCCCUUCUUCACCUGACUUAAACACUAUUGAGAACUUUUGGGCCCUUCUUAAGCAGGAAAUUUACCAUGAAGGUAAACAGUACACCUCUCUGAACAGUGUAUGGGAGGCUGUGGUUGUGGCAAAAAUCUUUGGUUUAAUUUAGUUGCAUAAUAAUUCUGCACACUAAUAGUUGCCUAAUAAAGGUGUACAUAUAGAUAUUCUCUUAAGAAAGCCAAAACUUCACUUUUACUACUUAAAUGUUCAGGUUUGAGGCUUUGUUAACAUUUUGGAUUGACCAAGAGCACCGUAGUUGUACAAUAACAAAAGUAAUCCUCAAAAAUACAACUUGCCUAAUAAUUGUGCACACAGUGUAUAUAUAUGAAUGUAUGUGUGUUAUUUUGAAGAAGAAAAAAAAAAAGAUUGAACCAAUGCUAUUCUGUAACUUUCCUCCGAAAUGCAUUUAGCAACUAUUAGUAUUUAUUAGCGUUAGCACCAGUGCUAAGUCUUGCAGCAUUUUGUUUGAUUAUGCAGUUCAUGUUUCUGUUA